CAGCUCACGGGGAGGGGGGCUUGCCUCCCUGUUUGGAAAGGUGUUGCGCGGCCGGCUGCGACCCGCCUGGGCUCAAACCUGUCGCUUCACCCUCGGAGCGUAACUUCCCUUGCCCGUCCGCGCUGGAAAGAUAAGGAAUGAAAUGCUCCCCCCCUCCUCACAGAGAAGUGGGAGCGUCUAGGCAGCUGCUAAUAGACAGCCAAGGACUAUGUAUAACCAAACGGGGGAGGCGGAUGGAGAGUUAAAGCCCGAGCGAGAACAGCUGAGGAGCAGCCCGAGCGAAAACGGGGGGAGCGGAGGAUCCCUCUGCUUGGAAGAGUCUCCUGCGUUAAAGAUCCGGCGGCGUCUACAGAAAGACUUCGUGGCCGAGAUCGUGCCGAGAAAGACCCCGAGAAGUAGCGAAGAGACGCGACCUGGUGUUUGGAGGCUUUCCUUGGAAACGCUGGUCUACAACAAUUCAAGACAGAAAUAAUUCACCUGUAGAUCUGCUCUGCGCUACUUAAAUGAUCUUCAGUAUACAUAUUGAAAGCAUAACUGCCAAUGAAUUGCAUCAAAUCCCAUACAGGGAGCAACUCUUGAACAGGUAAGGACUGACCAGGAUAGGCAGUCUAAAACGAGUGCAGUAAACAUGGUAAGCAAGGUGUUAUAGGUCACAAACAUGCAUGUAUUUCUAUUGUUAAAUAAGCUUUUUAAAGUAUUUUAAUAUCUUGAGUUUUCUAAUACUGUGUAAUUUCUGAUAAAGCUUAUUUUCCAACCAGAAAAAUAGAAUAACAAUAAGGCUAUGAAGUUCUAUUUUAGGUUCUGAUUUUAUUUGUUGUGUAUGCGUGUCUUGUAUAGCUGCACUUAGGACAGAUAGGCUGGAUCUACAGUGUGCUUUUCAGGUUGAGCAAGUGAAGUAUGUAGAGCUCUUCAUAUUUACUUUUAUUUAUUGCCUUCUGCUGUAAGGCUAUUUGUAGUAGCUUUCCAGUUCCCUAAGAUAGCAUAAAAUGUGCAGACUGCAACUUUAUCCACUCCAGAAUCCUGUCCAGUCCAGUGGUGCAUGGACUUGGUCAGUCUAUUUCUGGUUGGUUCCAUGCGUAUAGAGUUGCAUACCUACUGACUGUCAUGAAUUUUCAGAGAUCACCAUGUUUUUCAUGUGGUCCUGCAGCAAAAAGUUACACCAGAACAAUCUUGGGCCGCAAACAUCUGAAAGUUAGAAAUUUCUAUGAGUAGCUUCAUGCCAUUCUUCCCAGUCUCCUCUUGAUUUGAUUAUUAGUUGUUGUUUUUCCUCUGCAGCUGGUUCUUUUUAGCAUUCUCCUUUGAUGUCUGUUUCAUCAGUGGAAAGGUUGGUCUUCCUCAUGUAAACAUAUUUUAACAGUCAGUUAAGGGCAAACUCAUUUGAUAAUGUAAAAAUGGUCAAUUAACAACAUUAGCCAUAUGUCUCCUAUUUGCAAUUUAGGGUUGGUGACAUCUUAGGAGUUUAUUGUUUGCUUAAGCAGUGGAAAGAGUAGAGAAGAGAAAGCUGUGAGUGAGUCUAACUAACUUUAGUAAAUUUAUGAUGCAUGCAAUUUGAAGAACAAAUUUAAAAAUAUUUUUUUCCGAUGCUUUGUAUAUAUAUUCUGGGUAAGCAAGUGGGGAGAAGUAUUUGCAACUGGUAUCCUUGCUUACUUCUGAAUAAGCAUACAGGAAAAUCAGUAUUUGGAUAUGUGGCUUGGUUUGAUCUAUGUAAAGGCUGUCCCUUUGGUCUUGAGAGUCAGAACAUAUCCUGAGAAGAAGAAGAAGAAGACGAAGACGAAGACGAAGAAGAAGAAGAAGAAGAAGAAGAAGAAGAAGAAGAAGAAGAAGAAGAAGAAGAAGAAGAAGAAGAAGAAGAGUAUGCAAAGCACAUAGAAAUGAUUAUAUACUUGUUUCUGGUUUAUUGGUAGAUGGUUAUUUGGUAUUUGGUGUGUCCCAUCCAGUUUCUACAUCAGUAUGCACAAACAUCAGUUUUCUUUAAUGUGUGCAUUUUUAAAUGGCAACUUUCUGUAGCUUAUUUAUUUUUAUAUAUGAUCACAUUCCUAAGACCUUUUACAGAAAAAAUGGAAAAGUGUACACUUUGAUUACUACAUCACAUAUAAAGUCAGAAAGAAGGUCCAUUUGUAAAAUGUCAGUAUGGUAAAAUCUGAGGACCAGAAUCUACUCAGAAAAGAAGCAUAUUUCUAUUAGCUACUUUAAAAAGACCUCAGAUGGAAAUCCAAGGAAAGAAACAAUGAAGUUGGAAUGGCAGCAACUCAGAUUUCUUUCAGGAGUCAUAAUUUUCUUUGCAAAUGAGGGACAGUCUCUUUUAAUUGCCUGGCUCAGUGAUUCAUGUUCUUAUGUAUUCUGUGCAAUAUGACAUCAAGGCACAAAACUCUAAAGUAUGUAGUUAUGUUAUUAUUAUGUCAGUUCUCUUCACUGGGUCUAACAUUCAUAAGUUGGGUGAAUCGUGCCUAGACUGUAUAGUUUCAGACUGUGAUUUUAUUCACGUAAACUAAACCAUAAUGUAGCUUGUUUGGUUUUGGCUUAGUGAGCUGUGUAAACUCAGCCAUUGUCAUUGAUAAACCAUAGUUUAUAGUCUAACUUGUUCUUCUGUUACCGUGAACAUCAAGGUUACUUUAUAGCUGCAACAAGGAACUUCACUUGCAAAUCAAGAGUGGGCAACUACUAUGCUGCUGCCGUAAGGUACCUUGCACAUUUGAGGACAAAGAGAUUUUGGGGUAACCUCAAAUGGAACCAUUAGAACAAACAACAGCUGUGUUGUGACUUAACUUUUGAUAUUAAAAAGUUCUGAAAUAAACAAAUGCUUGUUACAAGUGAUGAUGUUUUGGUCCAUCCUUUUCCCAAAAUGCUACCCUCCUGAUAAGAAAAACUUUGAUUUCCAUAAUUCCUUGCCAAUAUGCUAACACAUCUUGAGGACACCAAGUUAGGAUAGCUGUUUUCACUCUAUUCAGUCUUUGUGCUUACAUGUUAAGUUUACACCUGAGAAGAGGAAUGGAGAUCAGCAUACUAAUCUGUCUCUCCUUUAUCAUUUGUGGAUAAAUAGAGUACCUUCUUUACAAUUAAUAAUGGCUUCCAAUUAAUUGGCAGUUAUGAUUAAGAAGAUUCCUAUGGAACUGAGGGACAUCUGGCAAAAGUUCAUGUUGUAAACAAGAGAUUCAUGUUUGCCUGAAGUACAUUGUGUUGACUCAUAGCCAGAGCAGUUUAGUAAUUGUACUGUGACUAUGUAAGUUCCAACUGUAGUUUUUAAACUGGAUGAUGUCAUGUUUAUUUCCUGUCCUGCACAUGUGCCUAGAGAUGGUUGGUGGGAUUUUUAAGUUACCUGACACUGGAGUUGCUUUUCCUUGGCACAGGAAGUAUUUCAUUGCAUUAAAUCAUGAGAAUUAUUAAUGAUUCACUACAAGAGGUGUUAUAUAUUAGUAAUGACUCCUCAGAUUGUGGGUUUUCCAAAAAUGAGUAGGUGUAUUGGCAUAAUAAUGGAUAAAGUAUAUGGAUUGGAUAAUGGCUGGUUUAAAACUCUUAUCACACUGACCUCAGUUGGUGGUGCGUUUCAUAUUGGAUAAAUUGGCACACUUUUUAAUUCACUAGUCAAAUAUUCUAAGUUGAUCAGUUGGAUGACUACCAGUUAUUUAACUAUGGUUAAAUAUUAUUGCAUAUUGAAAGAAAUCAAAGUGAUCACUUUUCUUUGUGUUGUAGUACCUUUUUAUUAACAAGAAUAGAGUAAGGGUCAUUUGGCUCAGAAAACAGAGUAAAACUUCUGUUAGCCUGACUCUAAUAGUAGCUGCUGGAUUCUGUAUCCAAGGAGGACCCCCCCCCCCCUUGUACACUGGCUUUGUUGUUUGAAAUUCCAUGAAAAAUGGAACUUCUUCAGUUAUGGAGAGUUUAGACAACAAAAUCUUGAGUGCUCUGGUAAGGAAGAGUAUCUCAGUUUACAAGGAGUCCAGUGGUCCAUAAGAUGCUAUCCUAAAUUCUAUGAGAUUAUAGCCUAAAAAAAGUAUUGUUAUUUUUUAACAUUGGACAUCAAAUGCCCACUCCAGGUUUUAUCUUUAGCUUUAGAAUAUGGACCUGUCUUAUACAGUUGUUGUAAAAACUGAUAAAAUGAUGUAUGUAGAGAACUCUUUGAAGUAUUAGCUAAAUUCUAAGUGUUAAAUUAAGUAACAUUUGUCUUUUUAAUUUUCAAGAGGACUGCAUCUACCUCUAGCCAAUUGUGAUUACUCCAUUCUGUGCUUGCUUACACAGGUUCUAUAAGUGAUCCAAAAUGCCUUUCAGUGAUGAGCAAAGCAGUGACUGUGAUUCUUCAAGAUCCUCGGAAAGUGCAAUUUCUUCGUCUAGUGAGUCUGAAUACUCAAGGCAGAGUUUUACCAGUGAUUCUUCAAGCAAGCCCAGUUCCCCAGCCUCAACAAGCCCUCCCAAAAUGGUUACGUUUGAUGAAAUGAUGGCAGCGGCAAGGAAUUUGUCAAACCUGACUCUCGCUCAUGAAAUUGCUGUAAAUGAGAAUUUUCAUUUGGAACGCAUAGAGCACCCACAGAACAGCUUGCCUGGAAGGGUUAAACAAAUUGUACAUAAAGCAUUCUGGGAUCGCUUGGAAGAAGAUUUGAAUGAAGACCCUCCUGAGUAUGAGCACGCAAUCAAACUGUUUGAGGAAAUUAAAGAGAUCCUUCUCUCUUUUUUAAACCCGGGGGCUAACAGGAUGCGCAACCAAAUUUGUGAAGUCCUCGACACAGACCUCAUAAGGCAGCAGGCUGAGCACAAUGCAGUUGAUAUCCAGGGUCUUGCAAACUAUGUCAUCAGCACCAUGGGGAAGCUGUGUGCUCCUGUAAGGGAUAAUGAUAUCAACCAGUUAAAAGCCACUGGGAAUAUUGUAGCAUUGUUGAGGCAAAUAUUCCAUGUUCUGGACCUCAUGACAAUGGAUAUGGUUAAUUUUACCAUUCAGAGUCUUAGACCUCACCUUCAGCGCAACUUGGUAGAUUAUGAAAGAGCAAAAUUCCAAGAUAUACUUGAAGAAACUCCAAAUGCCCUGGACCUGACAACUGAAUGGAUAAGGGAAUCAAUACAAGAUGAAUUAUCUUCCAUUUCCUGUGAAAUGUCGUCAUCUCCUGGUGCUAAUGGGAUCUCUAAACCAAACCUGAGUCCUACUGUGGUGUUAACAAACAGCUACCUGAAACUGUUACAGUGGGAUUACCAGAAACAAAAAAUUCCAGAGACACUAAUGACAGAUGAAGCUCGCCUUCAAGAGUUAUCCAAGAAAUUGAAUCAGAUGAAGACUGUAGCGUGUAUUUCUCUCAUAACAAGCAACAUGGUACCUGCAGUUAUUGAGGGUAUUCCAGACUUUGUUGAGAAACAAAAAAGGAUUUCUUUUGUUUUGCUUGAAGGAAUGCAUAAGGAGACUUUUGAUUUAAAAGAAGCUCUCAACACAAUAGGUAUUCAGACAUGUAGUGCAAUGAAUGAAUCACUCACAGAGAGAGGCUUUCAACCAUUAAAUAAGGAGGUUCAAGCAAAUUUGGUGGGUCAGCUCUGCAACAUUGUUGAGGAAGACAAUGCUGUCAUCACCUUAAUUGAUAAACGAAUUCAUUUGUACAUGAAAAGCUUGCUUGCUUCUCCUUGCUUUCAAAAAUCUAUGCCUACAGUUCCUGGAGGUCUUGGAGUGAUUCAGAAAGAGAUAGAGACUAUUGGAUCACAGUAUGCCAGCAUUGUUAACCUUAAUAAACAGGUUUAUGGACCAUUCUAUGCAAGUAUCUUUCGAAAACUGCUGUUCAGUGAGACAGAAACAAACAAAGCAGAACUUGCGUCUUCUACCAACUGAAAUACGUAGAGCUUCUUUUCCAUCCUUUUCACAGUAUUUAUACUGUGACUUGCAUUCUUUUUUUGAAUAUGCACAGCUUGCAGUGAUGACUGUUAAUGGGAGACAGAGAGAAAUGUGUCGAUAUUAUACAGAUUAUAUUCAAAUAAAUAAAAGUUCCCCCCAAAUUAAAGCAGUUACUAAAUUUUGAAAAAAGUAACUUUUGAAAAGAUGAAUUCUGUUUGUAACAAUGACACAUUGCACUUACUCACUGUAAAUGUUUUUUCCUACACGAGUAUUUCAGAUGUGUAUGAUAAAUGCCCACAGUAAUAUAAAUCUUUUAAAUGUUUAAUAUGCUUUUGCUAAUGACUAUGGUGCAAUAAUAUAAAAAUGUAAAUUCAGAUUUAAUCUGAAUUAAAUGUUAGGGCAUUGGCCCUCUGUCUUUACCCUAAAUGGAUUGCUCAAGAAAGGUGGGUCCCCCCCUCCCCGCUGCCCAGUUUCUCUUUUCUCACAAGCAAGAUGGUGGAAAAGAGCACAUGUCCAAUUUAUCCCAGGCUGUUUCCUGUUUUUAGCCCUUACUGCAUGUAGUCUUCAUAAUAGUCCAGUGCCAGUUGCUUAGAAUUUAGUACCCUUGGAUUUCACCUGGAGGAGUAGUUCCUUUUUUUAAAAGGGAAGUCAUAUUUUAACUCAGUUGCUUAACAAUGUGCCAAAUUAUAUACAAGCUAUAUUUUUAUCUUCUCAAAUUUAUUGAAGGGCUAAAAUACAUUGAGCAUAUAAUCCUCACUUUACUACCAGAAUGAAUCAGAAUUUGAAAAUAGAAAGCUUCUUCUUUAAGAAGACAAAUAUAUCGUAUUAAGCAGCAAAUACUGAAGUUAUUAAGUGGAACAACUUUUGCAGAUUUAUGUCACUAAAUAAUCCCAGUUUAUAUUUUAUUUGCUUUUUUAUUAAAAUAAUUUGUCAUAACUUUGAGCAUAACAUGCAGCCCUCUUACCAUAUGACUGAUGCCUCUGAAGUGACUGUCAUAAAGACUUUCAAGAAGGACCUUAAUGUUUAAAAGAACUGUAGAUACAUAGGUAAAUCUGUUUUUGUUCUCAUAGAACUAUGUACAUCAGCCUUCAUCAACCUGGUGAUGGAAGAUGCAAAGAAUUCUGAGAGUUGGGAUCCGUACAACAUCAAGGAGAUGUCAGAUUGGGGAAGGCUGAUAUGAAUUCAUUUUGUAAAAAAUCUCUUGAAUAUAUAUUGCUUGGCUAUUUUAGGAGAGAGCAGUUUCCUUUUUCAUAUAUGUGUCAAUUCCAUAUGGAAUUGAACAAAAGGAUAACCUUUUGUGAUAAAUGCUUAUUCAGCAAUCCAGAGGUGCUUGCAACAGCCAACUUCAGCUUUACAAAGCAAUUUUCUUAAACCGCAUAGUUUUUUUCAGUGUCUUUUAGAAGGUCUUCCUUGUUCUGGUCUUCCUUUGCUCUUAAUAUUUUUUUUUAGUUCUCCAAGUAAAAGGAAAAAUAUUCCAUCUUUCAUUUUUCUAAAUAAAUUUUAGCUGGUUUGGGAAGAGAGAAAGUGAGAUAUGAUUGUGGUAGCUAUUGAACUAUUAUGUGUAUGGCUAAAGGAAGUAUGCAUGGAGCCACAAUAUUUUUUGAUACUAAUGACUUGUAUCAAGAAGUGAAUACGUGAAUACCCGAUAUGCGGUGAAUAAAGUAUGUCCCUCUGAUGCUGUACUAUGACUUCCAGCAUCCUACAUCCUUAGCUAAGGAUGCUAAGAACUGUAGCUCAACAAUUGGAGGACUACACUUUACUAACUCAUGCCAUAUAUUGAAAAAUCAAUUAUCUAAUUCUUAACCUUGAAAUUUAAAAAGUGUAAAAUAUUUUGGACCUAUACAUGCCUUGAUAAGGUUGUGAAGUUAACAUCUAUUAAAAAGAAAUCUUAGUGUAAUCAUGUUAUGGUGUAUAUAUGUUCUGUUUUUAAGCACUCUACAUUAUGCAGGGAGAUCAAGUGGGGAAUGUAUGUCUCCACAAUAUUUUAAAUAACCUGGAGGAUUAGAUCCAGAUCACAUUCUUUUAACUUGGAUACCACUGAGAACAAUGGAACUAGUUAAGCAGAACAAUUCCCAUUUAUUUCAGUGGGUACUAAUUGGAAUUAAGAGUAUGAACAACCUAUAUUUAUUGUACAAUGUUCAAGCAGAAGAUAUUGUGUGAUUUUUUAUAAAUGACUUGAAAAGGGCAUUUUAUAUAGCAUGGUAUGUCCAUUCAACAGUCUUUGAACAUCUCACAACUAAUGUUCAUAACCUCUUUGAUGUUCAGAAUGCUCAGUUAAGUAAAUUUGUUCCUCUUGCAUGUUACUUACUGAUAUUAUUGAAGUAUAUUUACUUCAUUUGGCUAAAGUGAGAUAUUGUAUGUAAUUGGUUUGUUAAGUGGUUUUUGUCUUAUAUGUAUUCAUUAAAUUUGGUUUGA